AUGUUCCGUCCUCUUCGUGUCAUUGAUGUCUCUCCUUUUGUUGCUCAUGUGUUGAACACGCGAGUGCGGUUUUGUGCCACGGGUGGCGGGGAGAACAAUAAUAUCAAUAAUGAUAAUAAUAACAAAGAUGAAAGAAAUGGCAAAACGGGCGAGAGAGACGCGAAGGCACCCAAAAGCUCCACGCCCUCCACAGCCAAUAUUCUCUCUGGGAAGCGUUAUCCAAAGGGUUUUGAGGCCUUUUAUUCAAAAUAUAUUUUGGGGAAGAUGCCAUUUACGCGCGUACCCGCAGAAUCUGUCAAGCGCGCUUACACCAUGUCGCCUGAGGAACGUAUUUUAACGAUGAAUUUGGCGGCCAAGGCCCUCAAAUGGAAACGCAUACGCCGGAUAGGAGUUAUUUGUUUUCUCCUGUCAGCUAUUGCAAUGGCUAGAAUGUAUGUUGCGAGGUCGUACAUGGUUGGCGACAUCAAUAACUACGCGGCAGUUGCUGUAGAUUUGUCAAAGCACACGGCAGCAUUUCUUGACGAAAAGGGAAAAUAUCUGGGUGUUCGAAACUUUGUGGAUUAUAGGGCGUUUGAGGCCUCGUGUGAUGAGGGCAUGGAUAUUUUUGUUUUAUUUCAUUCGUAUUAUCCCUGGGUUCCCAUGCUGCUUCUGUGCCUUCUACCCCUUCUGGCAGCGACCAACUCGACUUUCAGCCGUUCGGCAAAAAUGGCAUCAGUUGUUGCGGAAAAGAGUCGAUUCAAUUUUAAACGCGAAAUCUCCGUUUCCACUCGUCUGGGGGAUGUUGCCGGCUUAACUGAGGCAAAGCAUGAGGUGGUGGAGGUGAUUGAUUUCUUGAAGAAUCCUGCUCGUUACCAGGCAUUGGGGGCAAAACUUCCCAAGGGCGUUCUCCUGGAUGGACCUCCUGGUGUGGGAAAAACGCUUUUAGCAAAGGCAAUUGCGGGAGAAGCGAUGGUGCCGUUUCUCAGCUGCUCAGGAAGUGAGUUUGAGGAGGUCUAUGUUGGCGUCGGGGCACAACGGGUGCGUGAGCUCUUUCGUCAAGCGCACGAGCACAAACCUUGUGUUGUAUUUGUGGAUGAGAUUGACGCCUUUGGGCGGAAGCGCAAGUCAGAGACGGGUGGUGGCAGCUCGAGAGGCACGCUGAAUGCUUUUCUCUCGGAGCUGGAUGGGUUUAAGGAUGCCACAGGGAUAAUGGUUCUUGCGGCCACCAAUCGUGCCGAUAUUCUUGACAACGCCCUCACCCGAUCGGGGCGGUUCGAUAGGAAAAUAACGCUAGAAAAACCCUCCUACAAGGAUCGGGAGGCGAUUGCGGAAGUUCAUUUGAAGCCACUGAAAUUGGAGGUGUCUAGUAAUAUACAUGAGUAUGCGCGGAUUGUGGCUGCGCUUACGCCAGGGUGCAGUGGGGCGGAUAUUUUUAAUAUUUGUAACGAGGCCGCCAUUCAAGCCGCGCGUGAGAAGAAGGAGUACGUCUCGCAACACCAUUUUCAUCAGGCGGUGGAGCGUGUGCUAGUUGGAUUGGAGCGAAGUGCGGUGAAGUUGAGCGAGACAGAGCGGGAACGCAUUGCAUUUCAUGAGGCUGGUGUUGUUAUCCUUCACUGGUUUCAGGAAAAGACUGAUCCUGUCGUUAAGACGACGAUUCUUCCCCGUGGACGUCACCGCACAGGCGUUACGCAACGACUACCGCAAACAGCGUUUAUUUCUACCCAGGAACAAUUGAUGCAGAAUUUAGCGGCGCAGUUGGGUGGAUACGUAGCUGAGGAGUACUUUUUUCAAGACGUCUCCACCAACGCGGCCGAGGACGUACAGUCCGCAACAAAUAAGGUUCGACAUUUUGUCUGUACGUACGGCAUGGACCCAGAAGCCAUUGGACACUUUGGAUAUCAAUUGGAUCGAGAAGAUAGCAUUCAAAAGCCGUUUGGUCCUGUGAAGGAAGAUCUUGUGGACCAAUCUGUUCACAAACUUUUGGAAGUGGCUUUGGGAAGCGCACGGUCGAUUCUAUUGCAAUACCUUGAUAAGACCCGCGUGGUGGCUGGGCUUUUAAUGCGGCAGGAAACGCUCACCGCACAUGAACUUUGGCUCGUCCUUGGGGACCGCCCCGUUAUGACAAGAGAGUUUCGGGGGUAUCUUGAAAGCUGA